AGUGAAAUGAAAAGAAAAUGUGAAAAACAAGUUCGCUGACCUCACUUACAUCCUUUCGUUUCAUAUUGUUCUGUGGUCAUUGGUAACCACACUGCUCUAUUAUUUUCCAUGUCUUCUUCCCUUUCCCCUUUUCAUGCUCUGAUACUUUUUCCUGAUACCACACCUGCAGUAAAAUGGGUGGAAAUUUGCAUUUUGCUCCUCUGUGAUGGGGUGUGGGAGAGAACUGGCCCUGCGUGUGGGGAAGGGAUUUUUCUUUUUCAGUCCUGAUCAAGUUCCUCUGAUUAUAGUGGAGAGAUUAGGUCAUGGCAGUGAUGCAUUGUAAAACCUCUCUGUCUGACUCAGGUUUACAAACCACAAUCUGGACAUUUGCUUGCAAAAGAUACUACUGACUCGGAAAGAUUUGAAGGUCAUUUCAUGAUGGCACAUUCAACUAUAAGUGUCCAGCCAGGCUUGGUGGUGACCACUAAUAAUGCGAGGCUAAACCAGUGGAAUAGCGGAGUGUGUGACUGCUGUGAAGACAUGGGCAUCUGUUGCUGUGGUUUCUGGUGUCCAUACUGCCUCAUGUGCAGGACCAGUGAGGAAUUUGGAGAGUGCCUCUGUCUCCCCCUGCUGGAGAUGUGCUUUGGUGGCAUCUUGCCUCCUGUCACACUCGCUGUGCGGAGCAGUAUGAGAGAGAGAUUCCACAUCAAGGGUUCGAUACAGGAUGACUGCUGUGUGGUGACCUUCUGCACCGUGUGCGUGUGGUGUCAGAUGGCGAGAGAGCUGAAGGCUCGACGACACUCCCUAGUGGUCAUCAACCCUGCCGUCAACCCAGUUCACCAGCACCCGCAGGCUUUCAACCAGCCUCUGCAACCCAUCAAUCCUGCCUACCAGUGACCUCAGAGAACAUAAUCACACCUGCGGUCCUUUAACCUCAAGCUGCUCAAAGAGCUAAAUCUGUUGUUGAAAUUACAUAGUGAAAUUUAUUCUUUCAUUUUCAUAUUUAUAUCUAGCCUACCUGUUUUACAAUGCCAAUAUUUUUACAGAACAAAACAAUAUUGCAUUUUUCUAAUUUUUUCAGCACUUUUCUCUAUAGUUAAAUUGCCAAAUAUAGUAAAAAAAAAAAAAAAUAGAAAGCAAAGAUUGGGUGUACACCUGUUU